AUGCAUAUGAAUCAAAGUUUGAAGAAUUUUGAUUUUAAGUUUAGUCAAUGUUUUGGUGAUAAGACAGAUAUAAUAACAGCAGAUGCAGAUAUUAUAACGAGUGUUGAAUUCGAUUAUUCAGGUGAUUAUCUAGCUACAGGUGAUAAAGGCGGUAGAGUAGUUCUAUUUGAAAGAAAUCAUGAUUCAAAAAAUGCUAAAAGGACUUGUGAAUAUAAAUUUUUCACUGAAUUUCAAAGUCAUGAUGCUGAAUUUGAUUAUUUAAAAUCUGUAGAGAUUGAAGAGAAGAUCAAUCAAAUUAAAUGGUUGAAUUCUACCACUCAAAGAUCUAAAUUUUUAAUAAGUACUAAUGAUAAGACAAUCAAAUUAUGGAAAAUUACUGAGAAAAAUGUUACGAUGGUUAAUGAAAAUAAUUUAGAAGGUGUGGCAACGAAUAUCAGUCCAUUGAAUUCAAUCAAUCAAUUAAAAUUACCAAGUUUAACUUAUCAUGAUAAAAUCAUAUCAGCUACACCGAAACGUGUCUUUGGUAAUGCUCAUACAUAUCAUAUUAAUUCCAUAUCCCCUAAUUCAGAUCAAGAAACGUUCAUUAGUGCAGAUGAUUUAAGAAUUAACCUUUGGAAUUAUGAUCAUCCAGAUCAAAGUUUUAAUAUAAUUGAUAUAAAACCAAUGAACAUGGAGGAAUUAACAGAAGUGAUAACUUGUGCAGAGUUCCAUCCUCAAGAUUGUAAUCUUUUCAUGUAUUCAUUAUCUAAGGGGUUAAUAAAAUUAUGUGAUAUGAGACAAAAUUCAUUAUGUCAUGAUAAUAAAGCUAAAAUUUUUGAAGAAUAUAUUGACCCAAUAAAUCAUAAUUUUUUCACCGAAAUUACAUCAUCUAUAUCAGAUAUUAAAUUUUCUCCCAAUGGUCGAUAUAUUGCAUCAAGAGAUUAUCUUACUGUAAAGAUUUGGGAUAUUAAUAUGGAUAAUGAACCAAUAAAGACGAUUAAUGUUCAAGAACAAUUAAAGGAAAGGUUAAGUGAUACGUAUGAAAAUGAUGCUAUAUUUGAUAGAUUCGAAGUGGUAUUUAGUGGUGAUAGUUCAAGUGUUAUGACAGGUUCAUACAAUAAUAAUUUUAUGAUUUAUCCAAAUGCAAUAAAGACUAAUGAUUUAGAUACAGAUAUGAUAGUACAACCAUUUAAUAGUAGUAAGAAUAAUAGUAAUAGUAAUAAUAAUAAUAAUAAUCAGAAAAUAAAGACGAAAAAAGAUGGUACGAUAUUAAUGACAGAUACUGGUGCUACGAUUCCUAGAACCUCGUUAAGGAAUAAGAGAAAUAAUAACAAUAAUAAUAAUGAUAAUAAUAAUAAUGUGGAUGGUGAUGAUGCAAUGAUGAUGGAUGAUGGAUUUGAAGGAGAUCUUAAUGAUGAUGAUGAAGAAGAAUUAGAUGAAAUUGUUUUACAGGCUAAUAAAUUAGCAUUUAGGAAUAAAGGUUUUGGAUCAUUAGCUCAAAGAUCUGCAAGAAAUAAAGAAUGGGGAGAUAAUGUAGAUUUUAAAAAGAGUAUAAUGCAUUUUUCAUGGCAUCCAAGAGAAAAUACAAUAGCUGUUGGUGCAACUAAUAACUUAUUCAUGUUUUCUUCAAUAUAA